UUUUGCAUUGUCAUUUGUUCUCUUAAAAAAAGAAAUAGAAAUUAUUUACUUACUAGGAAUUCUUUAAUCUUAAGAUAUAUACUCUGAUCGUGACGUAAAAAGAAAUCUAAAAACAUAACAUUAGAAGAUAAUAACUUGCAAUUCGUUAAAACUGAGUUUUAAGGAAUCUAUCGAGAAUAUAUGUAUAUAUGUGAAUUAAUAUCAAUUCGAUUAACACAUCAGAAUUAGUAGAGUGAGAAAAACAAGUAAUUGAGGAAAUCGAUUGACUGCAAACGUUUACGAAAAACGCAAAUGAUGUUUGAAAAAAUGUUAUGUGUAUUAUUGAAGAGUUUAGUACUGACAAAGGCAACUGUCACGUUAAUGCCGACAGAUUGCAACACUUCAAACAACCCCCAGAAAGAAAGUGUUGCUAUGUGUCCGUAUUUAAAUAUCACGCAGGAUAUUUCAAUGUCCGAGAAAAAUUAUCAUCGUAUACUAAAUUCCAAAUCUGACCGGAGUCAUUCUGAUAGUACUGUGAGAAAUGAGCGAGAAGUCGAUGAAGUUACACGAGCAAAUAUUUCUAUCAUCUCAGAAUCUAUCGAAAACAAUUUGGACAAGCCAACAUCUCUCAGAGCAUUUGUACAAUUCGACAGUCAAUUCACAGAAAAAGUAAACGACAUUUUUGUGACAUUGAGAUGGAACCAACCUAACUUUACCGAUGAAAUAAUACAAGGGUACACGGUGCAGUGUUUUUUCAUCGAGAAUUUAAAAGAGAUUCAAAUCUGCGUGGAUAAAAAUAUCACAACUACAGAAUUGGAGCACACGGUUCACAAUCUAACAUUUAACACGACGUAUUAUUUUCGAGUACGUGCGCAUACUAAAAUUGUUGCUAGACCUUACACGGAUUUAAUCAAUGUGUCGACUACACAUGAAAAUCCAAUACCUAAAUUAUUAGUAAUGAAUCAAGAUAUCCAAAUAUGGGACGUGGAUUUAAACACCUUUACUAACUUUGGCAUACUAAUUUUGCCAGAAUCAGUAAUAAAUGCCGUUUUUUCGAUACAAGAACAUAGAAUUUAUUGGAGUACCUUGGAAAGAGACCUAAUGACACUAAAGAUUAAUGAUAAUAACAUCACAAAAAUAGCUACAUUUGGUCAUGAUCUACAUGCUCUCUGCAUUAACUGGAUAGCAAGAAAUCUAUAUUGGACCUAUUUAGAGUCAGACUACUAUUACAUUGUAAAGUUGGACUUAACAUUGUGGGAAAAUGGCAUGAUUAAAUUUGAUGAGAUUUUCAAAUCAGAAAUUGAUAAUGGCUAUUUAAGUAUAUCACCGUUUAUGGGAAUUUUAUAUCACAUAUCAUACAAUCAGAAGAAUCGAGAAUAUGAUAUGAUGAAAUAUCAUCUUGAUGCAAAAAACGAACAAAUUGUUCAGAUAAAUGCAUCGUUUUGUCUAUUUCAUUAUAUAGAUUUUUUUCAUGAUAUGAUAAUUGAUAACAUCAAUAAUGAGGAGCAAUUAAUUUACUGGUUAAGUGAAAAUUACACAACUGUAACAGACAUUAACGUUUCUAUGUGCAAUACGAUUUUAUACAAGAAAAACGUAGGUGAUAACAUCAAUUUCAAAUCUAUGACGAUUGAUAAAACAAACAUUUACAUUUUAGCAAUUGAUUCGCUCCAAUAUAUUCUCUACGUUUUGAAAAAGAAAUACGCAAAUCUCAAGAGCGUCCCAAAUGCAUACAAAUAUGUUAAAAAGAUACCAAUAAGCUCAGAUAUAAAUGUGUUUUUUAAAAUUUAUGCUUUUGAUAAAUCUUCACAACCAUAUCCUCCAAUCAGAUGUCUGACACCUGACGAAAAAGUUUAUAAUUUUGAAAAUGUGACUGCAACGGCAAACAGCAUCAUUGUAAAUUUACCGGAGUCUGUUGUAAAGAGUGAAUGCAAAAAAUAUAAUUUACCAACUACUAUAUAUACUAUUUUUGUAAGCCAUUGUUUAGACAACAACCUCAACAAGUCUAAAGAAUUCAAUGUGCUGACAGGCGAGCGACAUUUCAAGAUUCAGAACUUAACACCAUUUACAGAGUACAAGUUAAAGUUUACUUUAAGCAAUUCUUACUUUGAUCAAUUAUCAAUAAAUCCAUUCGAUUCGAACGUGAUACAAAUAAAAACUAAUUUGGGUAAGCUUAAUGCGCCAGAAAACAUAAGCAUUUUAGCUUUGACGCCUACUAUAGCACUAGUUUAUUGGAUGCCACCCAAGAAAUUGAACUGCGUGGUCGUGACCAUGUAUGAAGUGUAUUGGAAAUUAGUGAACGACACGCAACAAGAGAGUAAACAAUUUAUCAAUGUGCCGAAACAUAUGGCAGACGGCAGAUUUUUCACAAAGAUUAAUUUGUGGCUACCAGUACAAGAUUACUUGAUAUACGUGCGUGUGUAUCCAAUUAAUUUCAGGGAUUUCUACAACGAGAGUUUGAGCAAGAUCGUUGACAUAUACUCAGAACCAAAUAAUAUUACUUUGAGCGGGGUCAACAUAAAUAGCAUGAACAUUUCAUGGAUCUCUAACAUUAAUCUGACGAUCUUGUUUACACUAGAGUACAAAGAUAUUGCAGCAAAAAAGUGGCAAACAAUGAAUUAUAUUAAAAUGAGUUAUAACAAAGAAAUAACAUAUCAUAUCGGAAAUUUACAAUCGGGAACUUUAUACAAGUUUCGCUUGAUAUUGAGAUAUCCUGAAUAUGAGGAAAAUUUUACAUGGCCGGGUGAUGAAAGAUUUAUUUUUUCAACAAAUGGUAGCAAACAUGAUGAUAUUUCGAACACUCCCGGAAUAUUAGCUACAAAAUAUUACCUACCAUUGAUGUUGAGUUCUAUUUUUAUAGUUACUAUAAUCUGGAUUUAUCGGUUGUAUCGUCAACGCAAAAGUAAUGAACGAUUAUUUCUUUCAACAAUGACCGAUAUAGAAUUGGAUAUUCUACAAGAAGUACCUGACUUCAGUACCAUUUACAAUCCUAUGUUACAUUAUAAUCCGGAUAAAUGUGAGAUAACUAAAAUCGCACGUAAACAAAUUACAUUUACAAAACUUAUUGGUAGCGGCACAUACGGAAUGGUGUAUCAAGGAAGUGUGAAGAAUUUGGAAAACUCAGGCACAGAGAUAUCCGUUGCAAUAAAAACGCUUCGGAAAGAUGCUUCUUCCCAUGAGAAAAAGGGAUUGUUAAAGGAAGCCAAGCUUAUGAAUCAUUUUCGACACAAACAUAUAUUAAGAUUGUUGGCCGUUUGUUUAGAUGGGAAUUCUCCGUUACUAGUGUUGGAAUUGAUGGAAACUGGUGAUCUGUUAAAAUAUUUGAGAGAUUGUCGAAAUUUGGAAGCGUCAGAUUCGCAUGCUCUGCGUUUGCAGGAUUUGCUUGCCAUGUGCGAAGAUGUUGCGCGAGGUUGUUGUUACUUGGAAGAAUUGCGUAUCGUACAUAGAGAUCUAGCGUGUCGCAAUUGUUUAGUAUCUUCGAGAAAUCGCGAGAAUCGUGUUAUCAAAAUUGGCGAUUUUAAUCUAGCUAGAGAUAUCUACAAGGAUGAUUAUUAUCGCGUGAAAGGAGAAGGGGAAUGGGUUUUGUUUCCUAUUCGCUGGAUGGCACCCGAAUCUUUGAUGCUCAGAAUAUUUACUUCUCAAAGCGAUGUUUGGUCAUUUGGUGUUUUAAUGUGGGAAAUUACAUCGUUGGGUGAGCAACCUUAUAGUGCCAAGACUAAUGAAGAAGUGAUAAAUUAUGUACGUGCUGGAGGCAGGUUGCCGAUGACUCUUAAUUGUCCGUCAACAUUGUACCAGUUGAUGCUACGUUGCUGGAGUGCAGCGGAUGCUAGACCAAAUUUCGAAUUUUGUUUGAAAAAUAUUAUAGCAUUAAGAACGAACAUAGGAGAUGCCUUACUGAGUCCAGUUGAUACUAUUUAGCUGAUAUUAUAAUUAAAUUAAUGUUUAUUUUCCAAAUGAUCCAAUAAAUCUUACUGUAGGAAAAAUAUUUCUAGAUAAUUGA